GUAUCUAAGGAUAAUACAGUCGAAAUUGAAGACGAACGUGAAAGUUGAAGAUCCCACUCAUCCUCAUCCUCUUCCACAUCAUCGCACUCUUCCUCUUUUACAUGCUCUGCUUUUUCUUCUCGCACGUCUUCCAACUCAAGCUCUUCAUCAUUUUCUUCUUCUUCUUCUGCAACAGGUGAAAGUGGAAAAGCCAUGUCCUUGGGUAACACGCACAGGCCGUCAUCGGAGAAUGUCCGGGGGGGGACGAUGGUCAAAGCGAUCGGCAGUAUUCUUGGACUCCUUUUGAGUGCUACCGACGGCGGAGAUGGUCCAAACGGAACUGCUAGGGUAGACGCAAGUUUUUCUACACAGUCGGACAACAAUAGGGAUGUUGUGCUUUCCGUAUCUGAAUCCGUCAUGUCUGUGUCUGCGUAUGCGUCUACAGCUGCGUCUACAGCUGCGUCUGUGUCUACACUUGUGUAUGUAUCUACGUUUGCAUCUGCGUCUACACUUGUGUAUGUAUCUACGUUUGCAUCUGCGUCUACUUCUACGUUUGCGAUUGCGAUUGCAUGUACGUCUACGUUUGCGUCUGCGUCUGCGUCUGCGUCUGUGCUUGUAGGUGUGGCUGAAUCUGUAGAUAUAAAUGUAGUUGUAGCUGUGGUUGUAGGUGUAGGUGUGGGUGUAGGUGUAGUUAUAGUUAUAGUUUUACAUAUUUGAGUUUCUGUUGUAGUAACUUUUGGUGCUGUUGGCGUGGUUGGUGUGGU